GUCACUGUCAAUUUAUCUUGUCAUCGGUGGUGGUCGAAGUUUGCGAAUUAAUUUUCUUAUAAAAUUAAUUUUGUUUUGAAAUCAUAACAUAUAGCUUCCACUCUUAAAAUAAAUUAUUAAUAAGAUUUCACUAAUAACGUCAAAUAAUCUUAACAGUUUUGUUUGUGAUUGAUACGUCAUUAUGUUGAUAAUUUUAUCUUACGUCUAACGGUAGAUUUGUAAACAUUAUUUUUAAAGUUGAAUACUAAGUAUCCAACUCAGUUUGACCUUUUUUACACUCCCUUGAACUAUAAAUAAAUAAAUCAUUCUAUGUGGACGUAAUUUAAAGGUCUAUUGUUAUUUAACAUUAUUGAUAAAACGAAACAAACGGGCUUUGUCCUAGCUAGUCAUUUCAUUUUAAAUAUUUCUGUUUCCAGUGUUCACUUUGUUAAAAAAAUAGAAUUAGAUGCACGGAAAUUAAUGAAUGAAAUUGUAUGAUAAUUAGUCAAAUGGUAAAUAAUCACUUAUAACUUUAAAAGAAUAAUACAUAAUUUAAAAUGUAUUUUUAGAUGUUCUAGCAGAGAAUUGUUAAAAAAAAUAUUUAGCUCACCGUCUGUUUAAAUUUGGCACUCAAUAAUUCUAAAUAUAGAACUAAUGAGUAAACAGACUAAUCACUAUUAGUAAAUCUGAUAUAAAUACAAUUUAUUAUUGCCUUUCAGCUUUCAAGUACAAGUACUGCAAAUUAUUUUGAUAUUAUAGAUCAUGAAGCACCUAGCUGCUUGGUAUCAAAAAAAGAUCAGCUCGUACGACAAAGAAGAAUGGGAGACGAUGGUGGAACAGCUCCUAAUGCGCGGCACUUACCGGCGCCGCAUCGUCGACUUUUCAUCACACGUGCGCUCAUACCUCAUAGAUGUAGACUUAGUGAGAGGAUCAUCAUUCCCUAAAGCAAAGCCAACGCUAGGCAUGCGCCGUGUAGUAUGGUUCGCUCUAGUACGCCUCGUGUUUCUUCCGGGAUUACACCAGUGGUGGGUGCAACAGACGUCGCCGGCAUGCGCGAAUUUUCUCCUUGCGUUAUGGAUAAUGCAAGUGCUCAACAUUACCUUAUAUUUUAUGGCACCGACUGAUAUAGUUGUUGAUGCCAAUUGUUGGUUAGUCCCUCUGGGUUUGAUGUUGGUGCUAAGCGUUGUACAUUCACAAAUCGUAAGCACCACGGAAAUGGAGUUAGCAAGAGUACGUCCACGAGCCACUUAUCGAAGAAAACUGCCGCGCUACUUCAGGAGGACACGGUCUGAAUGCGACGGAGGCAGUGGCGGUGGUUCCGCGGAGAGUGGUGCUACAUCGAGUCAAAGUAAAACUCCUAAUAAGCCAACAAAAUUUCGACGAAGACAGUCGCGUACGGAUUUAACUGAAAAUGGUUUAAGAAAACGGAAGAAGGAAUUGACGAAAGACAAUCUAAUGAAUACCCUUGAUCCAUCAAUUAAAAAUAAAUCUUUAAUUAAAAUGAAAGCUAAAGAUUCUGACGAUGAAGACUAUAUGCCUUGGAAGAAACCUGAUCUCACUACACCCAUUGUUACGUUUACACCACCAUCAGAUGUUGCUACCCCUAGCACAUCGUAUGGCUAUAAAGCUAACUUAACAAAAAAACAUCUAGAAACAUUCAACAUUAGACAAGCGCAGCAUUCAAAUGUUGCAAGACCCUUUUUCGCUGAUGGAGACGAUGGCUUUGAAAGUCUUAACGGGUACAACUCUAAUGGUAGUGACGCCGAGAAUCGGUCAAAAGAAAUCGGAGCUGAAGUUCAAUUAAAAAAUAAUGAGACUGUUAGCACAAUUAAUAAAAAGGAAGAAGCAUUAAAUGUAAAUAUUAUUAAAGAAGGUAAAAAAGUUCCUAAUGAAGAAAACAAUUCCAAAGAGCAAGACAAAGUGAAAAUAAUAAAUGCGAGAAAUGAAGACGAUGACAAAUCGGUAGAUCCCGAAUCUGAUGGCGGCGGUCCAACCAGCAGUCCGACAGUAACGAAACGAAUUGGUGUAAGAUUCAGAGGAUCGUGGAUUCAAGAUUCUUUACCUAAAGAAUCCAGUGACGACGAGUUUAGCGCAAUCAAAAAGAAACAAAAGAAAUUAGAUAAUUACCAGUCGUCGUCAUCCGAUGGCGAAUGCUCGGCUUCGGCGCCAUCUAUCGCCCUACCAUCGCACCAUACCAUGUCUGACUGGGUUGGCCAAACCACUAACAGUGAAGAGAGCAGUUAUGGAUCGCAGUCCGAAGGUGGUCAUUCAGAUGUUGAAUUCCGUUACGCAGCAGACAGUUCAUGGGAUCCUUUUGCUUUGCUAGAUCCCACCAGUGAUACAGUGAAAUGCACUAUGUGGGAACGCGGCUCAAUGCUGCGAGCGGAACUGUCCGCCGUAGAUAUAAGUUGGUAUGUGGUGGCUCGGGCGGAACGAGCUAUGGCUGCCGACGGCUGUUUCUGGGCGGGUAUAGCUAUGGCCGCCGCCAUAGCACUUUUCUCGCCUAUAUCUAGAUUAGUUCAGGUAGCCAUUGAUCAAGAAACCAGAACAGAAGAAGAACUCCAAUCUGUGUCGCCAUUCACAUACAUCCCUUACUUAAUGAUCAGUUACAGCCAGGGAUCUUUGUUCUGUAUAUUUAACGGUGCAUUUGGUGAUAGCUUUUGGGAGAUAUCAACGAACAUGCUGUCUUGCGUACUACGAUUCGCCCUAAGCGGUCUCGUGUUCUUCCUGUUAGCGGUGGCAGAGAGAGCAUUCAAGCAACGAUUCUUAUACGCGAAACUGUUCUCUCAUCUGACGUCCGCUAGACGCGCUAGAAAAUCGGAGUUACCACAUUUUAGAUUGAAUACAGUCCGAAAUAUAAAGACUUGGCUGUCCACACGGUCCUAUUUACGGGAUUCGGUUACUCUCGAGAGGGGUUGGUUGAUUGAAGCUAUGUUGUGGAGCACGUGUCUCGGCAUCUACCUCCUGCGACUUUUAACUUUAGGCAGCAACGUGAAUAGGAAAUAUCGGGGAUGUCUUUCUGCCUUAUUAACGGAGCAAAUUAACCUUCACCUGGCUAUGGAACAAAGGCCAGAGAGCAAAGAACAACUCACCAUUACUAACAAUGUUUUAAAACUGGCUGCCGAUCUUCUCAAGGAACUGGAUUCGCCGUUUAAAAUAUCGGGUAUAUGUGCCAAUCACUAUCUAUACACAAUAACUAAGGUAGUUAUUCUUUCCGCACUUUCAGGGGUGCUCUCGGAAAUGCUAGGAUUUAAAUUAAAGUUGCACAAAAUUAAAAUCAAAUAGAGAAUGCGAUUUCGUAAAAGAUGUCUAUUUAAGAAAGGAAUAAUAUGCAACAUAUUAGUCCUAAGGAUAUAGAAACGGGAAGAAUUAAUUUGAAACCCAGUUUUGGGAACUAAACAUGUGGACCCAAUCUUAUAGAUAGAAAAAUCGUAUAGAUACGUACUUAGUUGA